UAUUUUUUAAAUCGGAAAUCAAUGAAAGAUAAUCCUUUUUUAUCUUGACUUCUUCUGAUAACACUUUGAAUAUACAUAAUAGUUAGCGCAAGAAAAAUUUUCAGUAGUUCUAAACUAAAACUAUCCAAGUAACGAUGAAGUGGUUCACCUGUAUACUCCUUGUUGGUGUCUGCGCCAGCCAGGUACUAUUAGCUCCUACCGAGGAAAAAAAAGAUUUAGCUACUGUUUUGUUGGAAAGAGCAGCUGCACGUGCCGAAGCUAUCGCCAAGAGAAUCGAACAGAGCGGAGUCAUUGACAAAGCAAUAGCUGGUGCUGAAGCAAUUGGCAAAAAAAUUGAAGAAACUGGAGUUAUCGACAAAGCUCUAGCUGAAGCAGAUGCUCUUGCCAAAAGAGUUGAACAAACUGGAGUCAUCGACAAGGCCAAGCAAACAGCCGGACAACUUUACAAACAAGUUGAAAACAGUGGAAUCAUUGAAAAAGCUCAAGCUGAAGCCGGCAGGUUAUAUAAAUCAAUUGACGAUACCGGAGUCCUAAACAAGGCUAAAGAGCAAGCUAACGCAGUAAUCAAUAGCCCAAUUGCUGAGUCAGUCAGACAAAAAACCCACCAAGUUUUGGAGAACGUGGGAGAAUCAAAAUUAGGUCAAGCAAUUGCUGCCAAGGCAGAACCUUACGUGCAAGCUGCUGCCAAAUCUGGAUGUGCUCUCGUUAAAUCAGCAAACGCAGAUGGUUUGCGGAUACCUACCGACCUCCACUGCCAAGAAGAAAAAGCUUAAAUGCAGGCACUAAGGACCUAACACUGUGGCACAGAGGCUUAUUAUAUUUCUAGUCAAAAAGGAAACGUUUCGUAAACAGUGUUAUUUAGUAUUUAAAAUAAAAGAAAAAUAAAUAGUA